AGGAGAAUCAGAGAGGAUGCUCACUGGAAAUGUGCUGCAGUUGGAAGAGCUGAGAGUGAGGCCAGCAGGUGAACGAGAGACGAGGAGCAGCGAGUGAGCAGAGUGGAGCUGCUGGAGAGGCAGAGGAGAUAAGUGAGUGAAGGGAGGGGAAGAGCAGACUGUGAGUCAUCUGCAGGAACCUCAGAACAGGUCGCUUUCCGGACUUCCCAGGGAGAGCCCAGUUUACGCUGUGAAAGAAGCAAGAUGGAAGUGACACCCGAGUCUCUCCCCUACUAGAGGCUCAACCACUCCAGCCAACACCCAACCACAGCAGCUCACCGUUCCACAAGCAUUCUGCUCCAGCAUCCACAAAGACUCACUGGAAGAAACCCAGGACUACCACAGAAUUAUUUGAAAUGAUUGAAAAGAUGCAGGGCAACAGGAUGGAUGAGCAGAGGUGUUCCUUUCCUCCGCCGCUCAAGACUGAGGAAGACUACAUUCCAUAUCCAAGUGUCCAUGAGGUGUUGGGGAGAAAAAGCCCCUUUCCUCUCAUUUUGCUGCCCCAGUUUGGUGGCUAUUGGAUUGAGGGAACCACCCAUGAGCUAGGCAACUCUGGAGAGGCAGAGCAGCUCAGGCCUCCGUCCCCAAACAGCCGCACCAAGUUGGAAUGUAACACGACAGCUACACUUUUCCGGAAACACUUCCUUGGAAAGGAGCACUUUAAUUACUAUUCAAUGGACAGCACCCUUGGACAUCUGGUCUUCUCUGUAAAAUAUGAUGUGAUUGGCGACCAGGAACAUCUCCGUCUGAUGCUCAGAACCAAGCUGAGAACCUACCACGAUGUUAUCCCCAUUUCCUGCCUGACAGAGUUUCCUAAUGUGGUUCAAAUGGCCAAGCUUGUAUGUGAAGAAGUCAAUGUGGACCGCUUUUAUCCCGUUCUUUAUCCAAAAGCAUCCAGGCUCAUUGUGACAUUUGAUGAACACGUGAUAAGCAACAAUUUCAAGUUUGGAGUCAUCUAUCAAAAGUUUGGACAGACCUCUGAAGAGGAGUUGUUUGGUAACAGCAAAGAGAGUCCGGCUUUUGUAGAAUUCCUCGAGUUUUUGGGAGAAAAGAUUGAGCUUCACAACUUUAAAGGCUUCCGGGGAGGGCUAGAUGUGACUCAUGGGCAGACUGGCACAGAAUCUGUCUAUUGCAACUACCGCAACAAAGAGGUCAUGUUCCAUGUGUCGACAAAGCUACCGUACACAGAGGGGGACACUCAGCAGCUGCAGAGGAAGAGACACAUAGGGAAUGACAUUGUUGCCAUCGUGUUUCAAGAAGAAAACACUCCCUUUGUACCAGACAUGAUAGCAUCAAACUUUCUUCAUGCCUAUAUUGUGGUCCAGGUGGUCAACCCCUGCUCUGACAAUGUUCUCUAUAAGGUGUCAGUGACAGCACGGGAUGAUGUUCCUUUUUUUGGCCCACCCCUCCCAAAUCCUGCUAUCUUUAAAAAAGGCCCUGAAUUCCAAGAAUUCCUUUUUACUAAGUUAAUUAAUGCAGAGUAUGCCUGCUACAAAGCUGAAAAAUUUGCUAAAUUGGAGGAACGAACAAGAUCAGCACUGCUGGAGACCCUUUACGAAGAGCUCCAUGUGAACAGCCAGGCCAUAAUGGGUCUUGGAGGAGAGGAUGACAAACUUGAGAAUGGAAGCGCAGGAGGGGGGGGCUUCUUUGAGUCCUUCAAGCGGGUGAUCCGCAGUAGGAGCCACUCUAUGGACACCAUGGGUCUAGGUUUCAAGAAGCCAUACACACUCUCCUCUAGCCCGAGCGGCCCCUUUAACCACAACUCACCUGAGAACCCCAAAAUCAUGGGGACAUCAUUGCUUGUCCCAGGCAAAAGUCCCAGUAAAUAUGGACGCCGAGGCAGUGCCAUAGGAAUAGGAACAGUAGAAGAGUCUCUGAUUAUACCUGGAAAAAGCCCGACCAGGAAAAAGUCUGGACCUUUCAGCUCCAGGCGAAGCAGCGCCAUCGGCAUUGAAAAUAUUCAAGAAGUUCAGGAGAAAAGCAGUAGAGAUACCUCCCCAAAUACCCAAAAGACACCUGACAGUGGCCAUGUUUCCCAAGAUCCUAAGUCUGACAACUCAGAUCAGAGCUCUCCAGAGGUGCUCACCACAGCCAAAAGCAGUUCUUACUUCUGUGGCAGGACUCCAUCAAUUCCUGAGGCCCAUGACCUCUCCCGGUCCUCCUCCAACGCCAGCAGCUUUGCCAGUGUGGUGGAGGAGAAUGAGAACGAGGCCACAGAAGACUAUGACACUGGCAUGGAGAGUUUAUCGUCAGCUGGAACCCCCCACAAGAGAGACUCUUUCACCUACAGCACUUGGUUGGAGGACAACAUUAGUUACUCCAGUUCCAACAGCCGUGGAAGCUCACCAGGUCAUGGUAAACCUGACCGAGUGAAGGCGACUGAUAUCCGUAUCAAGCUGGAGCGAUCACAUGAUCAUCAGUCCUCAAACUGUUAGGUCACCCUCUGGUUUUAUCCAGGAUCCCUAUCUUCAGCAACCCCCAUUGGUUUUCUCUCUCUGGGAGAUGAAAGACAUUCAGGCCCUUGCCUUGAAGAUGAUGAAGAGAAACAGCAGGUGGAGCUGGGUGCCUGCGGCGAUUGGGUCAGAGCUUACCCAGAUGCCUGAAAGACACUAGAAAAGGCCAUUCACAAAGAGGGGCCAGUUUUGCACACGUUGCACACUCUUUUUCCUUCCACUCCUUUUGUUUCCCUUUUGUCGUCUGUUGCCAAGCUCCAUGUGUAUUUUUCUACCUUUACUUUUUACUUAAAAAACAAAAAAGCAAAUUAGAUAUCCUAAGCAAACUCUCUUCAUAAAAAUAUAAUUGGUUAGAUCUAUAAGGUGAAGACAGACUUCUCUAUGGAACUGGAAGGACAAUAAAGACAGCUGCGAAUUUACAAACUCAAGCCACAAAAAUAAAAAGAUGAGGUUAUUUGGUGGAAAAACAGAAAUAAAAGGACUCUAUGACCCUAAAUAGUAGCACUAAAAUCAACAGUAAGAGUACCAGUACUAAAACAAACUCAAAUAGCCUUAAAUUUCCAAAAUAUUUUAUUUGGGUUUCAUUCUUUACUUUAUUCACAUGUUUGCAGGUUUUGGGACAACACUAACAGAGAAAGUCAGAAAGCAAAUCUGAAUGAGACAAACUUAAAGCAAAGUGUCAUAAACAUGGCAAUAUUUAUCAACCACACUGUGUCACUGCCUGUAUAGUCUGCUAGCAUGUGAAUAUUGUCUCUUCUGGGGGAUUAACUGUUUGUCCUUGUUGUCUGUUGGAGCGUAACCCAGUCCCAUUAUAAUCUGAGUUGAUGUUUUUUGACUUUUUUUCAAAUUUCUGUCUGGUGCUCAGUAUUUUUUUAUUUAUUGACUUGUUCCCUGUAGAUGACAUUGAUGGCAAGUAUCUAUACCGCAUCUCUGUGUUUACCACAUUCACGAUGUGUUGUAUGUGUUGCUUUUGGCAUAAAAUAUAAUAAUAGCACCUGUAAAGCUCUUUAUGUUUCAGGGGUCAGAUCUUUAUUUUGUGCGGUACAGUUUGUUAUGCAAAAAUGACAAACUGAUGUAUAUUUAUUUGCUUUGAAAGAGGCUAAAUAUCUCCAUUUACAACUACUGAUAGUGUAAAUAUAGUUAGUAAUAUAGUGUAUAAUGUAAAGACCUUUUAUUUUAAAUAUGACUGACAUCUGAAAAUGACUGCCAUUAUUUCUUGUACUCUUAAUAUUACAUAUUAUUUUAUUUGAAGAUCCAUUUUUGGAAGAUGUCCAGACUAUUCUGCGAACGGAAAGCUAUUGCAGGAUAGUCCAUCCAGCUGAUGGUUUCAGUUGCCUUAUGUCACACACUGAUGGUGUAUGUGAAGCUGAAAAAGCAAAUAGUUCAUUCUCAGCAGGAUCUACAAUGAAAUGAAUGUUUGACUUGUUUGUUUUUAUUGUAAAUAAAGAACUUGAGAACUUUAAA